AUGGACGUGUACCCCCGGCGCCGGCUGGAGCUGCCCCGCGCGCGGUCCUCCGGCGGUUCCGGCCGCGGGUCGCCCUCCGUCAGCUGCAGCCGACUCCGCCGAGUUCAGAGUAUCCUGACCCAGAGCAGCAAGUCUCAGCCUGAUGGUAUCCUCUGCAUCCUAGGAAUUGAUAGCAGGUAUAAUGAAGGCUGCAGAGAGCUGGCAAAUUAUCUUCUGUUUGGUUUGUACAAUCAGAAUAUCUGUGAUUUUGAGAUAACGGGAUUUUCUGAAGAAGUUCUAGAUGACGUGAUUAUACUGAUUAAAUCAGACAGCGUCCAUCUGUACUGUAAUCCUGUGAACUAUCGCUAUCUUUUACCCCUUGUGGCACAUUGGAGAAACCUGCACUUCCACUGCAUGACUGAAAAUGAGUAUGAAGAUGAGGAAGCUGCAGAAGAAUUUAAAAUUGCCAGCUUCGUGGACAUGGUUAGAGACUGUAGUAGAAUCGGCAUUCCUUACAGUUCCCAAGGUCACUUGCAGAUAUUUGAUAUGUUUGUGGUGGAGAAAUGGCCAAUUGUACAGGCCUUUGCACUUGAGGGCAUUGGAGGAGAUGGAUUUUUUACCAUGAAAUAUGAGUUACAGGAUGUGAGCUUGAAUCUCUGGAAUGUCUACAGCAAGAUGGAUCCUGUGUCUCUGGAAACUUUGCUUUCAGAAGAUUUGGUAGCUUUUGAACAUCAGUGGACCAGCUUCUUUGCUAACUUUGACACAGAAAUUCCUUUCCUGCUGGAACUUUCAGAAUCUCAGGCUGGCGAGCCAUUUAGAAGUUACUUCAGUCAUGGAAUGAUCUCUAGCCAUAUAACUGAAAACAGCCCUAAUAGGCAGCCGUUUGUUCUCUUUGGUAAUCAUUCCACACGGGAAAACCUGAAUGCUGGCAACUUUAACUUCCCUUCUGAAGGGCACCUGGUACGCAGCACUGGUCCUGGUGGGAGCUUUGCCAAACACAUGGUAGCACAGUGCGUUUCACCAAAGGGACCUCUUGCUUGUUCAAGAACAUACUUUUUUGGAGCUACUCAUGUUCCUUACUUAGGUGGUGACGACAAGCCGCCUGAGAAAACUGAACAAAUUAGGCUCUUGUCCCAGAUAUACACUGCUGUUAUUGCGGCUGUUCUGGCUGGCAUUGCAUGUUAUGCUAAAACUUCCAGUCUAACAAAGGCUAAGGAGGUAGCAGAGCAGACGCUGGGAUCUGGGUUAGAUUCCUUUGAGUUGAUUCAGUUUAAGGCAGCUUUACGCUCCAAGACAGCUUUUCAGAUACAUGCUGUGAAUAAUCAGGGAAGAAUUGUACCUCUGGACAGUGAAGAUAGCUUGUCCUUGGUAAAGACGGCUUGUAUGGCUGUCUAUGACAUUCCUGACUUGCUGGGAGGAAGAGGGUGCUUAGGAUCUGUGGUCUUCUCAGAAUCAUUUUUGACAUCUCAGAUUAUGGUUAAAGAAAAGGAUGGCACUGUUACCACAGAAACCAGCUGCAUAGUCCUGACUGCCGCCAUACCCAGAUUCUGCUCUUGGCUGGUAGAAGAUAAGGAAGUGAAAUUGUCUGAGAAAACUCAGCAAGCAGUGAGGGAGGAUGAGUUUUUCCUGGGCAGUUUUCUAACAGGAGGAGAAGGAGCAUAUCUCUAUUCUAGCAAUCUGCAGUUCUGGCCUGAGGAGGGGAAAGUGCAUUUCUUCACUGGUGGCCUUCUGUUUUCUAAUCGUCAUCAUGGAAAUAUCAUCAUCUCCAAGGAUCAUAUGAAUUCCAUUUCCUUCUAUGAUGGGGAUUCUACCAGUGUCGUUGCUGCCCUUCUCAUAGACUUCAAAAGCUCAUUGCUUCCUCAUCUCCCAGUUUACUUUCAUGGAUCACACAAUUUCCUGAUGAUUACCCUUUUCCCCAAAUCAAAGAUAUACCAAGCAUUUUACUCAGAGGUCUUCUCCCCCUGGCAACAGCAGGAUAACUCAGGGCUCUCUUUAAAAGUGAUCCAGGAAGAUGGAUUAUCUGUGGAACAAAAGAGAAUACACUGCAGUGCACAGAAGCUCUUCGGUGUCCUGAGCCAUCCUGCCGGGGAGAAGCGGAGUUCUCUAAAGCUGCUCGCAGCCAAACUCCCAGAGCUGGACUGGUUUCUCCAGCAUUUUGCCAUCAGCAGCAUUAGUCGGGAGCCCGUGAUGCGGACCCAUCUUCCAGUCCUGCUGCAGAAAGCUGAAGUCAGCCCUGCUCACAAAGCAGAGAGUGACAAGGUUAUUAUCAGCAUUGUAACCGGCCUCCCGGGUUGUCAUGCUAAUGAGCUCUGUGCUUUUCUGGUCACUCUGCAUAAGGAAUAUGGCAGGUGGAUGGUGUACCGCCAGAUCAUGGACAGCUCUGAGUGUUUCCAUGCUGCCCACUUCCAGAGAUACCUUUCCAGUGCCCUGGAGGCCCAACAGAACCGUUCUGCCCGCCAGUCGGCUUACAUCCGCAAGAAGACCAGGCUGCUGGUGGUAUUACAAGGCUACACGGAUGUUAUUGAUGUUGUCCAGGCCCUGCAGACCCACCCAGAUGAGCAUGUCAAGGCCUCCUUCACCAUUGGUGCCGUUACAGUGUGCGUGGAGCCCCUGAGCUGCUACAUGGAGCACAGAUUUCUCUUCCCUAAAUGUCUUGACCAGUGUUCACAAGGCCUAGUGAGCAAUGUGGUGUUCACCGGUCUCACCAUGGAGCAGAGGCACCCUCUCCUUGUUCAGCUGCAGAGCCUCAUCAGGGCUGCCAAUCCUACUGCAGCCUUCAUUCUCGCAGAGAACGGGAUUGUCACCAGGAAUGAAGACAUUGAGCUGAUUCUCUCAGAAAAUAGUUUUUCAAGUCCUCAGAUGCUACGAUCUCGAUAUUUAACAUACCCUGGCUGGUAUGAAGGUAAAUUUGAUGCCGGAUCAGUCUUUCCACUGAUGGUUCAGAUCUGCGUAUGGUUCGGCCGUCCCCUGGAGAAGACUCGCUUUAUAGCCAAGUGUAAAGCAAUUCAGUCCUCCAUCAAGCCAAGUCCCUUCUCUGGAAACAUCUACCACAUCCUGGGCAAAGUGAAGUUUUCAGACUCUGAGAGGGUCAUGGAGGUCUGCCACAACACCCUGGCCAAUUCCUUGAGCAUCGUGCCGGUUUUAGAGGGACCCACGCCACCACCUGACCCCAGAAGCACGCCUCAAGACAGCAGUGGGCAGCAGGAGUGCUACCUUGUGUUCAUCGGCUGCUCCCUGAAGGAAGACAGCAUCAAGGACUGGUUGCGGCAAUCAGCUAAGCAGAAGCCUCAGAGGAAAGCCCUGAAGACCAGGGGAAUGCUGACCCAGCAGGAGAUCAAGAACAUCCACGUGAAACGCCAUCUGGACCCCCUACCUGCGGGCUACUUCUAUAAUGGCACCCAGUUUGUUAACUUCUUUGGUGACAAGACUGACUUUCACCCACUCAUGGACCAGUUCAUGAAUGACUAUGUGGAAGAAGCCAACCGGGAAAUCGAGAAGUAUAACCGCGAGCUGGAGCAGCAGGAGUAUCACGACCUCUUUGAGCAGAAGCUCUAGAGGGAGGCCGGGCCCAUAGUCCUGCAGAAUGUCCACCCUGGAGAUGGAUGAACAGGGUAACCUGACCCAACUCUCCUGGAGGCCCUGCCUGGAAGGGCUGUCUUUGUUCUCUUGGCCUGUGCGUGCUGGCUUGAGUGCGUGUUUUCUUUCCUCUCUAUACAGCGCUGAAGAGCAUCACCUGCC